AUGAUUGCUCUUGGUUUAGAAGGCUCCGCAAACAAGUUAGGAAUUGGCAUUAUUCAACAUGAUGCUAAUGGGGAGGCGAUCGUCUUAGCAAAUGUCCGCCAUACCUAUAUUACUCCUCCAGGACAGGGAUUUUUACCUAGCGAUACAGCUAGACAUCACCGUGCUUGGAUUAUCCCAUUAAUGAAACAAGCAUUCGCUGAAGCCAAAAUCUCAUUUUUUCAAAUUGACUGUAUCUGUUUUACUAAAGGACCCGGUAUUGGUGCACCACUUAAUAGCGUCGCUCUUGUAGCUAGAACCCUUUCCUUAAUGUUCAAGAAACCAUUGGUAGCGGUGAAUCAUUGCAUAGGACACAUUGAGAUGGGUCGUGAAAUUACAGGUGCACAAAAUCCUGUCGUCUUAUAUGUGUCUGGUGGGAAUACGCAAGUCAUAGCAUACUCUCAAAGAAAAUAUAGAAUAUUUGGUGAAACUUUAGACAUAGCAAUUGGAAACUGCUUGGACAGAUUCGCUCGUGUAAUUGGAUUAUCAAACGCGCCUUCCCCUGGUUACAAUAUUAUGCAAGAAGCUAAACGUGGAAAUCAAUUCGUUGAACUGCCAUACACUGUGAAAGGAAUGGACUGCUCUUUUUCUGGUUUACUCUCUGGUGUUGAAGCAGUUGCAAAUGAAGCAAUGGAUGGAAUUAAUGCAAAUGAAAUCACCAAACAGGAUCUUUGUUAUUCCUUGCAGGAGAACGGAUUUGCAAUGUUGGUAGAAAUUACAGAGCGCGCAAUGGCCCAUGUUGGUGCUGAUUCAGUUUUGAUUGUCGGGGGCGUUGGCUGUAAUGAUCGCCUUCAACAAAUGAUGGGAGAAAUGUGCUUGGACAGAGGUGCUAAGGUGUAUGCUACUGAUGAAAGGUUUUGUAUCGACAAUGGAAUUAUGAUUGCUCAAGCAGGUUUGCUUGCUUUCAAAACUGGAGGAAUAUGUUCUUUAGAAGAUUCAACAAUUACCCAAAGAUUUAGAACCGAUGAUGUACAUGUAGCAUGGCGAGAAUAA